GGUGGACCUGCAGUGAAGAUCACUGAUUCAACGAAUUGCUUUUGUGUGAUGAGACAUUUCUUUUGCAAAUAUAGAAUUUAACACCCCAGAAAUGCCAGCCUUUUAGUUUUAUGCACCUUUUUGAGGCAAAAAUCGCGGUCGUCUACUACUUAGUUCAUUUCUUUCUCACCUCACAUAGGUGCCAGCACCAGCUUCUUUCCUUAAAUAUUUUGUCCUUAUUUUUCUCGUGCGAUUUCACCAAGCGCAGAACAAGGUUUGUUCUGUCAUCAGUACGCGCCGCGCAGCUCUACUUGCCGCAACUUCAACAUCUCUAGCUGUAAUAUACGGAUAGAAUUAUGGUCGCCUUUUUGAAGAAAAAGAUGCUCGGCUCAAUGUUGGGCCCAUGCAUGAUCUUAUUCAGCGCAGGAGCCUCUCGCUUCGCGCUGGCUGCCGCGCCAGGAGCAGCACCUUCUGGAGGAGGUCAUGAUAUUUUUGCAGUAACCGGCAUCGAAGAUAGAGGCGCGCUUGAGGUUGUUGGGCGCAGGAGGCCGGCGCCGGCCGCUGGCGAAGAUGGUGGUCGCCCAACGAGAUUUCUGCGCCGGACUGUUCCUGAUCAGCAUGCUAGUAGCGGGUCCAGCUUUUUAUGCGACAGAAAAGUACGGACUUAUGUUUACCUCUUCAACACGACUGUGUGUAUAUGAUUCUUAAUGGUUAAGCACGAACUGCCUCUCCACGCAAUACAAAUCCACUGGUUCAGAAUUUUAC